AUGGGAUAUCAGUGCCCUGAGAUGGUUAUUGUUUUUGUGACCUCUGAAAUGCUGCAUGAUUUGCUUGGCUAUGUGCUCCCUGCUUGUAAGGCUGGACUGGAGGAUCCUGAUGAUGAUGUAAGAGCAGUUGCUGCAGAUGCUUUGAUACCAAUUGCAUCUGCUAUUGUUUCAUUAAAGGGUCAAACACUGCAUUCUAUCGUUAUGCUACUUUGGGAUAUUUUGCUUGACCUGGAUGAUUUGAGUCCAUCCACUAGCAGCGUAAUGAAUCUGUUGGCAGAAAUUUAUUCUCAGGAGCAGAUGAUCCCUAAGAUGCUUGGAUCUCUGGAAUCAAAAGAAAAACAAGAAUUUGAUCUUAAUGAAGUUGAUCAUGUAGAUGAUCUUGGAGAGGGAAUGAGUUAUCUGGAAAAUCCCUAUAUGUUAUCAACACUGGCACCACGGUUAUGGCCCUUUAUAAGGCAUAGUAUCACAUCAGUUCGCUAUUCAGCUAUUCGCACUUUGGAGAGACUACUUGAAGCUGGAUACAAACGGAGCAUCGCGGAGUCCUCUAGUUCUUUUUGGCCAUCUUUUAUUUUGGGUGAUACCCUCAGAAUCGUUUUCCAGAACCUGCUGCUGGAAUCAAAUGAAGAAAUCUUGCAGUGCUCUGAGAGGGUUUGGAGGCUCCUUCUUGAGUGCCCUGUGGAAGACUUGGAGGGUGCAGCGAAGUCCUACUUUUCUUCUUGGAUAGAGCUAGCAACCACUCCAUAUGGUUCACUACUAGAUGUUACAAAAAUGUUUUGGCCUGCAGCCCUUCCUCGUAAAAGUCACUUUAAAGCAGCAGCUAAGAUGAGAGCUGUGAAGCUUGAAAAUGACUCUUGUCGAAGUAUUACCCUGGAUUUUUCAGUAGGUACUGUUGCACAGGAGAAAACUGGAGAUGCAUCUACCAGCCCUGUUAAGAUAAUCGUUGGUGCUGAUGUGGAUAUUUCAGUGAUGCAUACUCGUGCAGUUACAGCAACAGCGUUGGGAAUUUUGGCUUCUAGAUUGCGUGAGGUUUCUUUGCAAUAUAUAGUUGAUCCCUUAUGGAAAGCCCUUAACUCUCUAUCUGGAGUCCAGCGGCAGGUGGCUUCCAUGGUUCUUAUUUCUUGGUUCAAAGAAAUAAAAAACAAAGACCUUUCUGUGACCAACGGAGUUAUCUCAGGCUUCUUUAGUAAUUUCAGGGACUUACUGUUAGAUUUUUUAGCAUGCUCUGACUCUGCAUUCCCUACAAAAGAUUCACUUCUUCCUUAUGCUGAACUUUCAAGGACAUAUGCUAAGAUGCGCAAUGAGACCCUUCAAUUAUUCCGUGCUCUAGAGUCAUCUGGCAUGUUUAAAGAUCUAUUGUCAACUAUCAAAAUUGACCUGGAACGCAUGAGUGCAGAUGAUGCAAUGCAUUUUGCAUCAAGACUUCCUUUGCUAAAUAAUUAUACUGCUGGGGAUGAAUCUGCUGAGAGGAUGGUUGUUGAUGAACUAGAGUCAUUAAAGCAAAGACUUUUGGCUACUUCUGGCUAUCUGAAAUGUGUUCAGAGUAAUUUGCACGUUGCAGUCUCUGCUUUGCUUGCUGCUGCUGUUGUUUGGAUGUCAGAGCUUCCUGCCAAACUUAAUCCCAUAAUUUUGCCUUUGAUGGCUUCUGUUAAAAGAGAACAGGAGGAAAUACUGCAAAAUAAGGCUGCUGAGGCCCUUGCAGAACUUAUUUAUCAUUGCAUUGCACGCAAACCUGGUCCCAACGACAAGCUAAUUAAAAACCUUUGUAGUUUGACUUGCACGGAUCAUCGUGAGACUCCUCAAGCUGCAGUCUUAAAUUCCAUAGAGAUCAUUGAAGACCAAGAUCUCCUCUCGUUCGGAAGCAGUAUGAGUAAACAGCGGUCAAAGGUUCAAGUAGCUUCUACUGAAGACCGAUCAAUGGUGGAGGGCUUUAUUGGCAGACGAGGGUCCGAAUUUGCAUUAAAGUAUUUGUGCGAUAAGUUUGGCAGUUCAUUGUUUGAUAAGCUUCCUAAGUUGUGGGAUUGCCUUACUGAAGUUCUUAACCCUGGUAGUCUUGACCAGCUGACACGGGCAGAUGAAAAUCACAUUUCUCAAGCUAUUGAUUCCGUUAACGAUCCUCAGAUCUUGAUAAACAAUAUACAGGUGGUACGUUCUAUUGCUUCUGGGCUUGACGAGACAUUGAGACCAAAACUGCUCAGACUUCUGCCAUGCAUCUUCAAAUGUGUGCGCCAUUCCCAUGUUGCUGUUAGAUUAGCUGCUUCGAGGUGCAUAACAUCAAUGGCCAAUUCAAUGAAAGUGAAUGUGAUGGGUGCUGUAAUUGAAAAUGUCGUUCCUAUGUUAGGUGAUACGACAUCUGUGCAUGCUAGACAAGGAGCUGGCAUGCUUGUUAGUUUGCUUGUUCACGGUUUGGGUGUGGAGUUGGUCCCCUAUUCUCCUUUGUUAGUUGUUCCUCUUCUGAGGUGUAUGAGUGACUCUGAUUAUUCUGUGAGACAGAGUGUGACUCACAGUUUUGCUGCCCUCGUACCUCUUCUUCCACUUGCACGUGGAGUCUCCCCACCCGCCGGCCUAAGUGAAUCUUUAUCUAGAAAUAAGGAAGAUGCACAAUUUUUGGAGCAACUGGUUGACAACUCCCACAUUGACGAUUACAAUCUCUCCACUGAAUUAAAAGUGACUCUGAGGAGGUAUCAACAGGAAGGUAUAAAUUGGUUGGCUUUUUUGAAGCGCUUUAACCUUCAUGGAAUCUUAUGUGAUGAUAUGGGCCUUGGUAAAACUCUUCAAGCUUCAGCAAUUGUGGCAUCUGAUAUAGCGGAAUGCCGUGCUUCACAUAAUGGCAAGGCCCCUCUUUCGUCAUUGAUUAUUUGCCCAUCAACACUUGUUGGACACUGGGUCUAUGAGAUAGAGAAGUUUAUUGAUGCUUCUGUUAUAACAACUCUCCAAUACGUUGGGUCUGCCCAAGAGCGCAUUUCACUUCGACCUCAAUUUGAUAAAUAUUCUGUCAUUGUAACCUCAUAUGAUGUGGUCCGCAAAGAUAUUGGUUAUCUCAGUCAGAUUUUCUGGAACUAUUGUAUUUUAGAUGAGGGACAUAUCAUCAAAAACUCAAAGUCUAAAAUCACAGCUGCUGUGAAACAGUUGAAAGCCCAGCACCGCCUCGUACUGAGUGGAACGCCCAUCCAGAAUAAUGUGUUGGACCUGUGGUCUCUUUUUGACUUUCUCAUGCCUGGAUUUCUUGGAACAGAGAGACAAUUCCAAGCCACUUAUGGAAAACCACUGCUGGCUGCUAGGGAUUCUAAACGUACAGCGAAGGAUUCCGAGGCAGGGGCACUUGCCAUGGAAGCAUUGCACAAGCAGGUCAUGCCUUUCCUCCUCCGCCGAACAAAAGAUGAAGUCCUGUCUGAUCUGCCUGAGAAAAUUAUUCAGGAUCGAUACUGUGACCUGAGUCCUGUUCAACUAAAACUUUAUGAACAGUUUUCUGGUUCUCACGUAAGACAAGAAAUCUCCAGUAUGGUGAAGGUAAAUGAGUUGGAUACAAGAGAAGGAAGUACUCCACCCAAAGCAUCUACUCAUGUUUUCCAGGCACUUCAGUACUUGCUAAAACUCUGUAGCCAUCCUUUGCUUGUUGUUGGUGAAAAAAUUACGGAUUCGCUCUCACACCUUUUAUUAGAACUUUUCCCUUCCAGUUUUGACCUCAUUUCCGAACUGCAUAAACUUCAUCACUCUCCUAAAUUAGUUGCUCUUCAAGAGAUCCUAGAAGAGUGUGGAAUAGGUGCUGAGGCCUCAAGUUCUGAAGGCUCGCUUAGUACUGGACAGCACAGAGUCUUGAUAUUUGCACAGCAUAAAGCCUUUCUGGACAUAAUCGAAAGAGACUUGUUUCAGGCGCAUAUGAAUAAGUGA